CCCUUGCUCGUCUACAGGCAUUUGUAUGCUGAUGUGUUCGUAGUGGAAAUAUGGAUCAUUCUUUAGGAGAAUCAAAAAUAUGAACUCGAGCUGUGCUCUUGACACUUUUCACCCUACAAAGUGCACUUCGCAGGGUACUUCAGGCCAAUCGGAAUGCGCCUUAAGAAACAGCCAUCUGAUUCUUGGUGAACAUUGCAGCGCACAGCUAUGCUAGAUUUCAUCAUCUGAGGUCAAUGGAGGCACUGUGGGAAAUCCAUCCAAGAAGAUAAAGCCACGGUUUCCUCACGGUUAUGUUUCUCUACGAGUUCUUGAAGCCCAGGAUGGACGGUAAACAGUGAAAAGUCCGCAGUCGAAGCGUGCGAGUUAAACCCUGAUUGACACCCGUUAAGUCGAACCCCAAGCCGCCGAGAUGUUCUCCGCUCUGAAGAAGCUGGUCGGUUCGGAGACUCCUAUCCAGCCGCGGGAGAAGAACAUUCCCGCGGGACUGCAGUCGAUGAAUCAGAGUCUGCAGAGACGGUUCGCCAAAGGCGUUCAGUACAACAUGAAGAUCGUGAUCCGCGGGGACAGGAACACAGGGAAGAGCACACUGUGGCAGCGCCUGCAGGGAGGGAAGUUCCAGGAGGAGUACAUCCCCACACAGGAGAUCCAGGUCACCAGCAUCCACUGGAACUAUAAGACUACUGACGACGUGGUGAAAGUGGAGGUGUGGGACGUCGUGGAUAAAGGCCAAAAAAUCCCACUUCCUGAAGGUGUAGGCAGGGGUAAAAAGCGAGGAGACACCCUGAAGCUAGAGAAUGAUCCUCAGGAGGCUGAGAACGAGAUGGCCCUGGACGCUGAGUUUUUGGACGUCUAUAAGAACUGUAACGGCGUCAUCAUGAUGUUCGACAUCACAAAGCAAUGGACUUAUAACUACAUUUUGCGCGAGCUGCCCAGAGUGCCGACCCACGUGCCGGUGUGUGUGCUGGGGAAUCAUCGAGACAUGGGCGAGCACAGGGUCAUCCUUCCUGAUGACAUCAGAGACUUCAUCAACAGCCUUAACAGGCCACUGGGUUCUUCCUACAUCCACUACGCCGAGUCUUCCAUGAAAAAUGGCUUCGGCCUCAAAUACCUGCACCGAUUUUUCAACAUUCCUUUCCUGCAGCUCCAGAGAGAGACGCUCUUACGGCAGCUGGAGACCAACCAACUGGACAUCGAUGCCACGCUGGAGGAGCUGACGGUCCAGCAGGAGACCGAGGAUCAAAAUUACGAAAUAUUCCUAGAGAUGAUGGAAGCGCGCGCUAAAGGCUACAGAUCUCCCGGAGACGCUAACGGUCAGAGCCCGUCGUCCGGCUCGCAGUCCCCCGUCGUCCCAGCAGGCGCCAGCUCCACGGGCAGCUCCAGCCCCGGCACUCCGCAGCAACCCCCUGUCGCGGGGCAAAACCCGCAGUUACCCUCCACCUCGCCGCCUGUGGACGCUCAGAUUCCCAUCGCACCCGCUCUUCCCCCCGUCCCCGCCCCCGCUCCAUCUCCGUCUCCGGCACAGCAGCCGCAGAAGCGCAGCUUCAUCUCCAGGCUGUUCGGCUCGACCGCCUCUCCAGAGGCGCCCACUGCUGGCCAGGAGGCGGAGCCGGCACCUUCCCGAGCCACGCCCACAGUACAGAGUGUAGACGACUUUGUUCCUGAUGAAGGACUGGAUAAGAGUUUCUUAGAAGACAGCGUCCCCUCCAGCACCAAACACAGCAUGAACACCGGGAUCACCGCCGACAGUGACAGUGAUGGAGAAGGUCGAGGAGGGAACCCCAUGGUGGCAGGGUUUCAGGACGACCUGGACCCCGACGAUGCCGCUCCCAUGCAGCAGCCCAGAUCCUCCGUCCCCAGCAAAGACCUGAACAUCACAUUAUCCAGCGACGACGAAGAGGAUGCAACCAAACCCGUCGUGGCUAAGGACGAAGAUCUGGAUAUCCACCUGGACAGCCAUCUAGACGAUUUGAGCUCUUUAGCGCUGGAGGACAAACCCAAACCCGCCAAGCCCGUGCCUUCGGUCCAGCCUCAGAUGAUGACAGAGCCUUCGAUCCUGACGCCGACUCCUGUGCACCUCCUACACACUCCACAUGCACACUCGCCCCCGAAGCAGGGUAAAGGCAAAGCGGCUCCUCAUCAGGACGACUCGUCCGAUACGGACGCCGAGGCCCCCGUGGCUCAGCAGAUGCUCUCGUUCGUCAUGGACGACCCCGACUUCCAGAGUGAUGAGGAGCAAGUGCAGAAAGACAAAAAGAAGGACGUCUUCUCCGCCCGGUCUGACCUUCCCGACCUCUCGGAUGACGAACUCGUCCCUGCUGAGGCCCCGAAGUCCUCCGUGCGCUCCUUCAAACACAAGAACGACAGCGACCUUUUCGGCCUGGGCUUCGAGGAGAAAAGCGUCAAGAGCAAAGACAGCAGUGACGAACAAGACGAAAAAGAAAGCAAACAUUCCAUGAAAGAAAAGAAGAAAAAGAAGAAGAAGAGUAAAGAGGAUGAAGAGAAGAGCAGCAAGAAGAAGAAACACAAGAAGAAGGAACGCGAGGAGCCUGAAGGAGCCGGAGAUGACAAGGAGAAGAAAAAGAAAAAGUCCCGGAGCAAGAAAGCAGGCGAUCUGGUCGAUCUGGAGGCCUUCCUGGCUGGAGGAGAGGCAGUGGAGAAGAGAGAGGAGGGAGAUUAUGAGGAGCUCUAGACUGAAUUUUUAAACAUGCACUACUAGCCUCGACAUGUCAUUGGCAUUUCAGCAGCGCAGUUCUCAACGUGUUCUGGUGUGUGUGUGUCAAACAGAGUGAGAGUGAUGUGAUGAUGCUAAAAACACGCUCUCGGUCGCGUAUCGUUACCACCACGGAGGAUGGAAAAGGGGGAGCUUCCUCCCUGCUCCUCCGGCUGCAAUAAGUGGAGAAGCCAUUGAGAUCUCCUGCAUCCUGCAUGUAACUUCAUUUCCAGGGUGAAGAUUCGACAGGCUCCUCCCUUCUCUUUUUUUAAUCGCAUUUGUUCGCCUUUUUGUUUUUCGCAUUCACUCCAGAAGCGAGCCACUUGCCAUGGAGUUAUUAGCUGUAUUUUGUAGGCAUGUGCCGAUAAUGGGGUUUACGGUAUAAUCAUGAUAUUGAUGUCAGUCACCUGAGGUUUCUGUCUUUGAACUGAUUAAAACGCAGUCAAAGCAAUCCCACAAUUCUGUUCAUCAGAGGAGAAUUCCACUGAUCAUUUUAAAUUUGUUACACAAAGCACUGCCGUUUGAUGCAAACAUUUCAGUACUUGGUAUUUAAAAGCCAACCUGUAUGUGGUAAUUACAAGCGACUUACCUAGUGUUAAAUAAUGACUAGUGCGAAAAGUAUCAGGGUUCAUAUAUGCCAUAAAUAUUCACAAAUGAAAAUUAAAUAAUGUGAAUGAUCUGUGAUAUUAAAGGCCUUUUAACAUUUCAUUAGUUCAGCAGUUGCAAUCAAUAAACCCUCAGCAAACAAGAUCAUUGAGGACUAUAACAAAUAAAAAUGUAGUGUCUUUCUGCUAUAGGAAAAUAAUCAGUGAUGAAUAUGUGUAAUGUGGCCCAGUGUGAGCCUACAGUAAACAUGAAUACUCAGCAUUCUCCUAAAGUUAAAGCGGUCUUAGUAUUGAGUCCUGAGGUACACCUGCUGUUUUUUCCCAGCACUAAUUAUUAAUUACUACAUAUUUAAACUUCCUCAUUAAAAAUGACCAAAAUUUGCAUUUUUAAAAAAGUAAAUGUAUACAUCAUUAAGUUUGUGGAGAUUACAAGCGAUUUAUCUAGUGUUACAUAAUGACGAGGAAAAACAGUAUCAGGAUUCAAUAAUGCCAUAAAUAUUGACUGAUGAAAGUUGGAUAAUGUAGCUCUCAAAUGAUCCAUGAUAAAGUUCUUUUAACAUUUCAUUAUUUAACGGUUGCGAUCAAUAAACCCUCAGCAAACAAUAAAAUUGAGGACUAAGUAUUUUUAUUUCUAAGUAAGAAAUAAAAAUAUUGUGCUUGCUGUUAUAGGGGGAAAAAAUCAGUGAUGAAUAUGUGUAAUGUGGCCCAGCGUGAGUGGAGUAAAGAUGAAUAUUCAGCAUUCUCCUGAAAGUAAAGCGGUCUUAGUAUUGAGUCCUGAGGGACACCUGCUGUUUUUUCCCCAGCACUAAUUAUUAAUCAGUUAAACUUCCUCAUUAAAAUAACCAAAAUUGGCAUUUUUUAAAACAGAAAUGUAUACAUUAUUAAGUUUUACAUUGUACAACACCAAGAACUGUAACACAGAAGCAAGUUGUAUUAUACUUGACCAAAGCUCAUUGCUGAAUUUCUAACUUCUUAAUAGAUUAAAAUACAUUUAAUAAAGAUGUCAAGCAAAGCAACUUGCCUGCUCAUAGCACUAACAGCAAACAAUUUGGCGCUUUCCUACCUUGAAAUGACUUAUAGUGUACUUGUAAGGUAGAAGUUAUUUGCUUUCGAUCAAUAUAAGCCUGGUUUAAAUAUACAGCUCACUGCUUUGAGGAGAUCCCAAUGUCACUUCUAUCGUUAGUAACAUUAGCUGCAAGAUUGUCGCAAACAAAAAACAAACAUCAAAGCAUCCGGGUAAAAUAAUAUAAUUCCCAUGCUCGGACUUCUGUUAAAUGCGUCAUUACUAUGUACUAGGAUAUCCGACAUGCAAAAUGUUUUUUUUUUUUCUUUUUUUCAAAAGUUUCACAAAUGUUUUUAGGAAAUCCUGGCUAGUUCCCACAAUCCUGCUUAGCUAAUAAAUUUCCACCACAAUAUUGUGAUAAUAUUGGUGAAAUAAAAUGUUAAAUAUCGGCACAUGCCUAUUCUGUCGUAAACGCAUGACUCUUUUAGCGUCGGUGUUAGGGCAUGGCUUAGCGUUCCUUUCUGUACAUUUAGUUCUGGGUGUAUAAUGUAGAUGAUGUGUGCUGUGUACUGUACUUUGUGGAUGUGUAUACUUAUUAUUUUUCUUCCGUUUCCAGAAUUUCGUUUUUUCUAACGAUUCGACUCGCAAGUUCACAAAUAUUGGAAACGUAGGUCUGUUUUUGUAUAGGAAUUGUUCAUUCAAAAAAAAAAAAAAGUUCAAACUUUUUGUCCAAAGUUGGCAAUUGCUAAUAUGAUUCAUAUCUGGAUAAACAGCGCUUCUUUAGAUUUUCACUUGUAGCCAUGAGGCUUAAGUGGCUAACAAGUAAUUAAAGCAAAAAAGUUAAAAUCACUCAUAAUUUAAGCUAACGUCCAAAUCCGAACAUACAAAUUAGGCCACGCCUCCAGCGUCAUUUUGAUCGACGUCGGGUUGUGAUCAAGAAGUAAGAAAGCGAUCCGCUACAAGAUGUAGCCACUUUUUUUUUAUAGAUAACGCUGAACGAUCAUGUAGCUAGAGGUAGCUAGAAGGUAACUAGCUCAUUUGUUAUCAACUUUAGUGCAAAACUAAAGGGACAAACGUGUGUAAGCGUGUAAAUCAUGUUUUCGGCUGGACUUCUUUCAGAAUUCACUCAGGUCUGUCUCCAUUCUGAAAUAGCUCCGGAGGUCUUCAGACGUCCGGGUCACGUUCAAUAGUUAAUAAUAGUAAGUCAAGGCAACUGCGUUUCCUAGAUAUAAAUAUAUAUUUUGUCACUGAACUAAUGAGUAGAGAUAUAACGUUUUGCUUCGACCUCCAAGACACAAUUUUGAUGUGAUGUUUACUUAAAGACAGAGUCGAUGUGACUUCGAGAACGUAAAAUUCUUCCAUGAUAUGAUUGUGUCUUUAAUGGAAAUCGUUAAAUUAAGAGUCAUUUACUUCUUAUCUCAGUUCUAGUUCCACUGAUAUACACGUUCAGCGCAUAUAUUGUUUGUUUUUUCUCUCACAAACUAGCUGAAGCUAAUGGAAGUCAAUCUCCUAAAUUUCUUGUAAAUACAAAUUUGCAUUUAUAUUGUUUUGCAUUCGAACUUCGUCAUUAACAUCUAUUUCAGUAAAAUUCCAUCGCACAGUUUUUACAUGCAAAAGCAGCAGCAACACAAACACCAAACAAUGGAGGAUUAACCUCAAUGUCCACUAGAUGGCACCACUGUCAGUCACAUUCCCAUGUCCGACUCUAAUGUUUCAUGUUUAAACCCACUGAUUUUUUUUUUGGUUUCUUCCUAAAACUGUCAUUAUGUCAUGAGCUGUACAUCCAGUCUAAAAGUCUUCGUAGUUCAUAAAUCUAGAAAAUCCUGCGAGAGGCUGUAUAAGAGGACUUUAAAAUUCAAAACACUAACUGUAAAAAAUCGAGAAGAGACAAUUACGAGGGGCGUUCAAGUCAAAGCAGGACUUUUGUUUUUGAUUGUGCAGAAUAACAGAAAACUCCCUUUUAUUUCUCUAUACAAUCCCCUGCUACACUUAUCACUAGUGCUUGGACGCCAUUACCGAAGAAAGUUUUCUUAGUACGCCAGAGCCAUGAUCACUCCGGACUGCCUGUCUCCUUCACGUCUGGCUUCCGAGGAACUUGAACAUCUGGGAGGAAUGGCUUGGAGCGAGGCGUAUGAUCAUCUUUAAAUAUGAUUCACUGCGACUAACGGUCUCACUUGAAAUCUCCUGUAAAUGUCCAUCUAAUGUACACCUUCAAGUCCUGGAUUGACUUGAACGCACCUUGUAAACGCAUUUCUUUGUUUACUCUGUCGCAUGGUGCUAUUCUCCCCCUGCUGUUUACAUUGGUAUCACACCACACCAUGGUGUUCAUUUCUGAGAAACGUCCACGAACAACACUCCGAAUGCAGGGUGUGUGUGUGUGUGUGUGUGUGUGUGUGUGUGUACAUGUUUGGCAGCCAUCUUGCACAUCAUCAUCCUAUAAUUUAAGCGAGUCCUAUUUAGGCUUUAAUCUUAUUUAUAAAGCGGAAAUGAGAAUUUAGGUGGUUUUACGACUUCCAUUAUUUCGUAAGCUAUACUGCUUCUCAAAAGUUUGGUUCAAUUUUUUUGACAUGUGAUAUCUGAUCAAAUCGCCUGAAGGCAAACAUUAAACACACACCUCUCGCCCACUGCAGCUCCUCUAAAGAAGGGCUGAACUUGACUUCAACGCAUUAACGAUGACACACUGUAGGUAGGAAAUAAUACGGAAAUAAAAAGACACUUCAGUUCCAAAGACAUCCGCUUUUCAGACCUUGUUAUGCUGUUGUGAGUUUUGCUUUCUCAGAUACAUUAUGCAUUGCUGAUGACCAGUGGAAACAAUUUCUUCUUAUUAUUAUUAUUGUUAUUAUUAUUGCUUUAUUUUCAUAAAUGCUUGAGACCAAACCCUGUUAAGUGCAAUGAACACAUUUCCUUUCGUGUUUCUUCCCCUCCUUACUUGUUUUCUUUGCCACUUUUUUGUUCCUUGUGUUGAUUUCUGAUUGCUCUGUACAGCAGUUUAAGAGACUUGAGAGAGAAAACUGUGCUACUCCAUCGUUCAUACGGCUGUAAUUAACUCUGUUCGAGACUCUUAAGAAAAAAUGAUUUAGGAAUUACAGAACACACACACAAACAAACAAACGGCUCCGGCUUUCGUCAGAAACAAACAGCACUUUUAAACAGACACACACUCUAACUCAGACACUGGCUUCCUGUCCGACUUCAUACAACUUUAAAACUGUGUGUGAGUGUGUGUGUGAAAACGAAACGCAAAUAUAGCACGGACCUUUCUCCAUCA